GUUAGGUGUUGGGUUUUUCCAAAGCGCUUAACGUGAUCCAGCGGAGCGCAAUGGCGGGUGACCAUGGCGGCGGCGAAGAAGAAUGGAAACAAGAGGAGAGCGAGCUGAAGGCCGCCGGGGCGGUGCUUCUCCCCGAUGGACACUUUGGGAUCCGGCUCAAGGGCUGGCACAUCGAGUCUUCUAAGCGCGCUAUCCUCAGCUCCUCUGCGGUUCAUCAGUGGGAACAAAGGCUCGGGACCUCACAUUUGCCAGAGAUGGUUUUUGGAGACAGUGCUUUGUUUCUCUUGCAUGUUGAAAGUGGCAUAAAAAUACAUUUCAAUGCAUUUGAUGCUCUGAUGGGAUGGAAACAGGAGGCAUUGCCGCCAGUUGAGGUUCCUGCUGCAGCCAAGUGGAAAUUUAGGAGCAAACCUUCUCAGCAAGUGAUACUUGAUUAUGACUAUACAUUCACAACACCAUAUUGUGGCAGUGAGAUAUUUGUGCCAAAUUCACCAAGGGAAAGUGUGGAAGAUGGUUGUUGUAGCUUGCAUUGGGAGGAUUGUGAUCAACAAAUUGAUCUUGCUGCACUAUCAUCUAGAGAACCAAUACUCUUCUAUGAUGAGGUGAUUUUGUAUGAAGAUGAAUUAGCUGAUAAUGGAGUAUCACUCUUAACUGUUAAAGUGAGAGUGAUGCCGACUUGUUGGUUUCUUCUGCUUCGUUUUUGGCUUAGGGUUGAUGGAGUGCUUAUGAGGUUGAGGGAUACUAGAAUGCAUUGUGCUUUUGUUACCGAUGAAAUUGCAAGGCCUAUCAUUCUACGUGAGAGCUGCUGGAGGGAAGCAACACUUCAAAGCUUAACCGCUAAAGGUUUUCCUUCUGAUUCUGCUGCAUAUGGUGAUCCUAAUCUAAUCAGUCAAACGCUUCCUGUCGUCGCUCAUAAGAUCCAAAGGCUUCGUGUUUCCCGGUAAUCCUGUGUUAUGCUAUGUCUCGAUGGGAAUUGAUGAAACUGGAGAACUUCAUGGAUAAAUGUUUAAACACCAAAUGCUUAUUUAAGUGGAACACAUGUUAAUAUCAUUCUGUUGAUGAAUUAGCUGUUUAUGCAACAUAUCUUGGUUUUGAUCAGAGUGAUGAUUUGUUGUGUCUGAACACUGGUCCAUUAUUUCGUAUGGUUUGAGCUAAUUAAAUGCUUAUGGAAUA